CGCUGUCUGAUCCUGACAGAAACCUCGGCAUCAGAAAACCCUUUCAAUAAAAGAGAAGAAGAAACAUCAGAAACCCGUCAAGCAUUUUGAGAAGCUAAUGAAGACCUUCUCUCGGGCGAAGCGGGUCACCGACCCGCUCGACGAGCGAGCUCGGGCCCGGCUCCUCGUCGGCGCCGACCGCCGCCAGCUCAGCUACGUCAGCAGCGGCAGCGAGCACGGCGGGGAGGACUGCACUCCCAGCCUCUCCGAGCUCGUCCAGUGCUUCCUCGAAGAGGGCGACGAGGGCUCGGAAGCGCACUCGCCGGGUCACGAGCCUGACUCUGACCGAGUCGACUCAGUCCCGGACUCGCUCGAGGACGUCCUGGCGCAGAUUUCCGCUGGAGCCGAGGAUUCUUACCGAGACCUUCUUCUGGAUCACGUUCUGAGGGCGCUGGAGGCGUUCUCUGGCUUGAGCGCGAGCGAGUCUCUGCUCAGGCGGAGAGUCAUGUCGUACCUCCGGGAGAUUGGCCACAAUGCAGCGGUCUGCAAGUCGCGGUGGGAGUCCUCGGGCGGCAUGACAGCCGGGAACUACGAGUUCAUCGACGUGCUGAGCCCCUCCUCCGCCUCCGCCCCCGCCCCCGCGGCGUGGCAGCAGCAGCAGAGCCGGUACUUCGUCGAUCUGGACUUCGCGGGCGAGUUCGAAAUCGCGAGGCCGACGAGCCGGUACGCGAGGCUGCUGCGGUUGCUGCCGGAGGUCUUCGUCGGGACGGGCGACGAGCUGAAGAGGAUCGCCAAGGUGAUGUGCGACGAGGCCAAGAGGUCGCUCAAGAGCCGAGAGCUGUCCGUGCCCCCGUGGCGGAAGAGCCGCUACAUGACGAACAAGUGGCUCGGCCCGUACCGCCGGACGGUCAAUCCUGAACCGGCGAACGGUUCCGCCGCCGCCGGCGUGAAGUGCCGGUGCGUUGGCUUCGACGAGUACGCCGUCUCCGGCCGCUUCUCUGUUCGUACGAGAUAACAUCAGAGUAAAAACAAAUAAUCAAUUAG